UCAGUGAAGCCGAGGCCGAUAGCUUUCCUCUUCUACGCAUACCUUCCGGAUUCCACUAGAGGCAUGUUGCAGUCCUUCACUCACGGCAAUGAACUGAAGCGCCUCCGUGGUAAGUCUUCAAUCCUCCCCCCCCCCUCGUUCGAACAUCCCUCUCUUUCCGUCUUCAUAAAAAUGGAAUACAUCAUCAUCAUCAUCCGUUGA